CAACUGCAGCGCGCCAGCGAAGCCAAACGCCAGAUUGGCAUCGUCUCUGCAGUCUUUCUGAUCGUCAACCGGGUUAUCGGCACUGGCAUCUUUGCCACGCCCGGCUCCAUCUUGAAGCUUUCCGGCAGUGUCGGUCUGUCGUUGUUCAUCUGGGUUGCCGGCAUGCUGAUUGCCCUUGCCGGCACAGCUGUCUAUCUCGAGUUCGGCACUGCCAUCCCCAAGAACGGAGGCGAGAAGAACUACCUCGAAUACGUUUUCCGCAAGCCAAAGUUCCUCACCACUGGCCUCUACACUGGCUACGUUGUUCUCCUUGGUUGGGCCAGCGGUAACUCGGUCGUCUUUGGCGAAUACAUUCUCCAUGCUGCCGGCGUCGAAGUCGAUCGGUGGAAUCAGCGCGGCAUCGGGUUGGCUUGCAUCACCACCGCCUUCCUGAUCCACGCCACCAGCGUCAAGUGGGGGAUCCGCCUGCAAAACCUCCUCGGCACCAUCAAGGUCAUCAUCAUCCUCAUCAUCGUCGUUGCAGGCUGGGUCGCUCUCGCCGGCCAUGUCAAGCUUCCCGAAGACGAGAAGCCUCACAACUUCACGGAUGCGUUUGAGGGCACCACUGGAUCUGCCUAUGGUGUUGUGACGGCCCUCUACAAUGUCAUCUGGAGUUACAUCGGCUACAGCAACGCCAACUACGCCCUCUCCGAGACCAAGAACCCAGUCCGCACCCUCAAGAUCGCCGCUCCUCUGGCCAUCGGCGUCAUCUCAGUCCUCUACAUGUUUGUCAACAUUGCCUACUUCGCCGCCGUCCCCAAGGACGAGAUUCUCGCUGCCCAGCGCCUGGUGGCUGCUUCGCUCUUCAGAAAUGUUUUUGGUGGCACUGCCGAGCGCGCCCUUUCCGUCUUUGUUGCCUUGUCUGCCUUUGGCAACGUUCUGUCUGUCAUCUUUUCUCAGGGGCGUCUGGUUCAGGAGCUCGGCCGUGAGGGUAUCCUUCCCUACUCCCGCUUCUGGGCCAGCAACAGACCUUUCAACGCCCCCACCGCGGGUCUGUUUGAGCACUGGGCCGUCUCGGUCAUCAUCAUGCUUGCCCCUCCUCCCGGCGAUGCCUACAACUUCAUUCUCAACCUCAUCUCGUACCCCUUGGCCAUCAUCAACACUUUUGUCGCUCUUGGCCUGAUCUACCUCUACCUCAACCGGAAGGCGUGGAACUGGAACCCUCCCAUCUCGGCCACCCUGCCCGUUGUCAUCUUCUUUUUCCUCAGCAACAUUUACCUUGUCAUUGCGCCAUUUGUACCCCCCGAGGAUGGUCAGAACAUUUACGACGAGUUGCCAUACUGGCUUCACUGUGUUGUCGGUUUUGGCAUCAUUUUCGCUGGUGGGGUGUACUGGGUCAUCUGGGCCAAGAUUUUGCCCAAAAUUGGCGGCUAUGAGCUCGACAGAGUGACGCUGUAUGAUGAAAUCGACGGGUGGGAGCGCAGCGUGUUUGUCAAGAGACCCAUAGACAAAACGCAAUGA